CUGGGCCGCCCGUGUGUGUCUGUGUGUGUGUGUGUGACGCCGCCUGUGACGCCCUGUGCCCCUGGAUGUCGUGUAGCGGCCGGCCGGCUAUGUGACCCGCGCCGCCACCAUGCCCAGGUGCUUCAUGGCUAAGAAGGCCGGGGGACGACACUCCCCAUACCCAUCACCCCUGAGAGACCGCUCGCCGUCCCCCAUGGACUCUCGCAACGCCUGGACGCCCCGGUCACCCACGGCGGGAGAGACGGCGCCCUCGCCACCACCCUCACACACCACCGCCCAUCACCACCACCCACUCAACCUCGCGCCCCCUCCCCCACACUACUACGCCCCCGCACCCCUCGAUCUGGGCAGAACGGGGCCGGACGCCGCUUACCAUGUGUACCCCCCGGGGCACAUCGAGGAGGACCCCCACUUCCACCACCUACAUAACCUGCACCGGCCCAAGGUGGAGGUGGGAGAUGAGGAGCGGGUGGUGGAGGUGCACAUCCCGGAGGUGGCGAGACCUGACCCCCAGCGACCCCCCCACCACCACCACUACCAGCACCACCCCGUCACUCUCAUAUACAACGGUUAUGUGGCCGACGGGCGCGGCUACAGCCCCCCAGGACCUGUGGCUCUGCCUCUCACGCCCUCACCCGACGCCCAUGGACGCGCCCUCACACCUACGGAGAGCCUGAGUGGGCUGUCACCCGGAGGGUUGGUGUCCCUGGCGCCCCUGUGUCCACAGUACGACGCCCGACAAGAGCCUCUAGAGGAGCCCAUCAACCUGACGACGCGGCCCCCGGCCCUCUACGACCGUCCGCCAGAGGACCUCAGUACGGCCCAUGCUAUUCUCGACCUGUCGACCGCCCGCGUGGCCGAGUACUCCCCGCCCCACACGCCGCCCUCACCUCACACCCACGAGUACCACCCCCUACCUCACCCUCACCCGUCACCGCAGCCCGCCCCUCCACCCUACCAUCUCCACAGCGGCGACAACAACAGCAGCCUGGAGCGACAGACGGAACACAACCCCAAUAAGCCCUGCACGGUCGCCUACACCUACGAAGCGUUCUUCGUCAGUGAUGGAAGAUCGAAGCGGCGAGGAAGCGAGGGAACGGAAAAACCGCGGUAUACGUGCUCGGAGUGCGGGAAGCACUACGCCACCUCCUCUAACCUGUCGCGGCACAAGCAGACGCAUCGCGACUUGGACUCUGGCAAUGCGCGUCGCUGCCAUGUGUGCGGGAAGGCGUACGUCAGCAUGCCGGCACUUGCCAUGCACGUGCUGACGCAUAAUUUGACGCACCGGUGCGGCGUCUGUGGCAAGGCCUUUUCCCGCCCCUGGUUAUUACAAGGACACAUGCGCUCCCACACCGGAGAGAAGCCCUUUGGAUGUGCCCACUGCGGCAAGUCCUUCGCUGACCGAUCCAAUCUGCGCGCGCAUAUGCAGACACACUCUCAGCUCAAGAACUUCAGGUGUAAACGCUGCAACAAGUCCUUCGCUCUCAAGUCGUACCUCAACAAGCACUACGAGUCUGCGUGUUUCAAGGACAUGCCUCUGCCUUCCUCGUCCCCAGACCCGCUUGAGAUGGACACCACUUAGCUGUGCCCUCCAGGUUACCGCCUGAACCGUACAAACCCACCGUCCCGACCCACGCCCACGCCCGCCGCCCAAUAACCUACGCCCACGCGGCCCCACUGGAGGGUGUCGCGGGGGCCCAGGUUCCCCCAUCCAGCCAGGGGACGACCCAGAGGUGGGCUCGAGCACACAGCGUCUCAAGUUACCGUCACAGACACUCAGACGGCACCCACUCCCGUCACAAGCUUCUAAACGUCACAAAUUUCCAGCAUGUGGCUCUGGGACGUCACAAACUCGCGUCGCAGAGCCCUUAAGACCUCCCGACGGGGCGACAUCGUCUUGGUCGUGCUGGGAGGAAGAACUCUCAGGUCUGAUACACAAAGUUGGCGGCGCCGUCGCGUCGCUGGACAUGAUCAAAACAUUGCUGUUAUAUUUGAUAUUGUUGACAUCUUUAUUCGACAGUCCAAAGUUGAGGGGAUAAAGGUGUAUGUUUUUCAGAUUCUCUCUUAAGAUCAAAAAACAUUGUGUAAAUUUGUGAGGACAGGGCGAGUAGGGGUUCCCAGAGGCACACACUUCACACCUCCGGGAGCUGCCCACUUUUCAAACGCUCUGGCCACCGGGUUUUGCGAAGCUCCCCUGACGUCACAGUAACUCUUAGUGUAGGAUGAAUGAAAAUAUUUAUUGCCUAUUUAUUGUUAAUAUUACGGUUAUUUUUGCGUUUCCAGCCACCCUGUUUGAUGAUAUUUUAAAGGGUGUCAUGUUUCGUAAACAACGAAUAUAGUCAACGACCAAAGGGUCCUAUAAUUCCUGCAUGUAAAUAACUUUGUAUAGACUACUGAAUCUCUUUUAACUCCUUACGUACGUACUCAUCAAGACAUUCCAUACCAGACAUUCCACUGAGAUGCACUUGGAGUUAACAAGUGUUUUAUUAGUCUCGUAGGGUAGGUUAAGAUGAUCCAAUUCUAUUAUGAUAUUGCAUAGUGAUAAGUAUUUUUUCGAAUCUACAUAAACAAGCCAAAUAAUAGACUAUAUUUGAUCAUAGCCUUAGAGCGCUUUCGAAGAGUCUUUCUAAAAGGUUAAGUUUCAUUUGGAUUAUUUCGGCGUGAGGUGUGAGGGCGGCCGCCAGACGGUAUGGAAGACACGGCACCACCAAGGGAAUAUUGACCUAGAUGAUUAUUGUUGUCGAGAUCAAAAUGAGUUGUUGUCUUUGUUGGUGAUGCUAUUACACCGAUAGUAUCAUUAGUCAUAAGACAUUAUCAUAAUUUUUCAAAUCUAAGUCAUUUUAAUUAAGAUUAAUAAUGUAAUAAUUCAUAUGUUUAUGUAUGUAUAUAUAUAUAUAUAUUAAUGUGUACCCAAAAUCCCAGACUUGAUUUACGUAACAUUAUUUUUUUUUCGUAUGAGAGAAAUCAAAAGGUGAAUGAGCGAGCCAGGGAGUCACACCAGGACUCAGGCGUUCAGUAUUACUCUAGUCACCUCCCUUGAUGAUGGGUGACCCGUGUCGUGUCUUCGUGUUCCCUCAAGUCUCAGUCCCACUCCUCCGCCAUUUUGAGUGUGCUCUAGUCGAGUCGCCCGCGGCACAUACUUAAAUAGCAAAUACUUAUACUUAACUCUAGUGAUAAGUAGUUUUAAGAUGGAGUCCGGUACUUGGCGAUCCUGAUGACGCCGGUGAUUAUGAGAUUAAUGAUAGUUACGAGGGUGGUGUCUUAACGCCUUAAAUCCAUGGUUUCCAAUUAGUGGUUUUGGGUUUCGAAUUUCUGGUCGGGGUUUCUUAGUUAUGGGGAUCUGAGGUUUCCAAUUGCUAUUUUGAGAUUUCGUAUUGGAAUUUCAUAGAUUCAAAUGGGGUUUCAUGAAUUCAAACUGAUGAUUCAUGGUUUCGAAUUGGGUUUCAAUAUUUGGAAUUAAGGGAUGGGAUGGGGUGGAGGGGGGGGGGGUUCUCACAAUAUACAACUGCUGUUAAGUCCAUACAGCAUUUCGAGCCGGUGACACAGUACCUUAAUAAAGCAAUACACUAUACAGUACACGUAAUAUAUAUCUGAUUAAACGAAACUUCAGCCACAAAACCUUUCUUAGAGAAGCCAAGACAGCGCUGGAAGGACAAUUACAGGUGUGCUGCCUAAUAUACUACACAGGUGUGGAGGAACCGCAGCGAACCCACACACACCCACCCACAUCCCACACAAACACCUACAGACACACCACUCCCACUGACUUAAAAAGACCCACUUAAUCUCCCACCCGUCUCCUCCCCACCUCCCCCUAACCCACCCGGUCUGUAAUGGCUAUUUCAUAUCUCCGCCAUCCUCAGUGAGAGAUCAGCGUGAUACCUUAAUAGGCUCAUUAAACUCUGACAAGAUGUAUAUGACAAUUACCAGCCUGUCGGGUCCCAGGCUCCCACACACACACCACCGCCCCGCCCCCACCUGCUGAUGUGUAGCCUCCCAGUCUUAACAGAUGUGUGUGUGUGUGUGUGAGCGUCCACCUUAUCACAAAGAGCACCACCACCACGACUAUUAAUAUCAAUACUACCAUCACCAUUUCCACUAUUACUACCACUACU